UCUGAUUUACUUUUUAAUAGACCUACCACCAUGUCUAUCUCUUUGCGUCUUAUAGGAGUUCUCUGCAUUUUAGGAGCAAAUGGUUUUGCCUCUGCAGGGAAAGCAAGGGUGACCCGAGAACCUAAUUCUCCAGAGCCCAUUGACUGCUUUCUGACUAACUGGAGUGAUUGGGGGCCAUGUAGUCCAUGCUCAGAAGAAAGAUACCGCUCAAGGAGUAUUGUGAAGUUUGGACAGUUUGGAGGAAAGCCAUGCACUGUCCCUCUGAGUGACAGAGAGUCCUGUGAGCCAACAACUCCAUGCCCAGAUGAGAGAGGUCAAUGUAAGGAUCAAGAGUUUGAAUGUGAAAAUGGAUAUUGUCUGAAGAAUAGGCUGGUAUGUAACACAGAAAAUGACUGUGGUGACUUUUCUGAUGAAGAUAAUUGUGAUGAAAUCAAACGCUCUCCCUGUGGGGAUCGUGACAUUGAUGAAUCAGAACUUGGAAGAACAGCUGGACAAGGUGUGAAUGUGUUGGGAAUGACACCGGCUCUAACUGCAUUUCAAAAUGAGUUCUACAAUGGCCUCUGUGACAGAGUCCGUGAUGGGAACACAGCCACUUAUUACCGCAAGCCAUGGAACGUGGCUGUCCUCAGUUAUGAAACAAGAGGAGACAAACGCUUUACACAUGAAUUCUACAGCGACCAAGGAUCAGCAAUGAAACAAAUAUUCAAAACAAAAACACAGUCUUUCUCUGCAAGCUUCUCUACUAAACUGACACCAACUGAGUCCAAAGAAAUAGCUACUAUUGGGGGAAGCUUCAAUGCUAGCAAAUCAUCCAACAUGAGUGCAUUCUUAAAACAAGCCAAAGAAACGAAUCCCAUCUACUUACAUGUCAAAUCUAAUAUACAACUGGGAACUUUCCAAAUGCGAAAACGUGAUUUGCGCUUGAGUGAGACUUUCCUGGAAGAGCUAAAGGUUUUGCCAAGUACCUAUGAGAAGGGAGAGUAUUUUAAAUUUCUGGAAACAUAUGGAACUCAUUACUCACAUAGAGGAAUCAUUGGCGGACAAUAUGAGCUACUAUAUGUGUUGGAUAACCAAACUCUUUUAGCACAUGGACGCACUGCAGAGGAUGUAAACGAAUGCUUAGGCUUUAAUUUAGGAGCUACUGUCACUGCAGAUACUGCAGAAGCCAAAGAGCAUAUUAAAGCUAACCAAUGUAAAGCCAGUGGAUUUCAAAACGUUGAUGAAGUGAAACGGAGUGGGAUUAUCCAAGAUAUAGUCUCUAUGGUUCAAGGUGGGACAACAGCUGCCUUAACCAAGUUGAACGAGUUGCUUUCAUCAAAUGUAAGGCUAAUUGAUGUAGAAAACUAUGUCGAAUGGGCUGCUACACUACCUCAAGCUCCCACAGUGAUAAGACAAGAGUUAACCUCAAUCUCGGAACUUGUACCGCUGAAAAUCCCAGACUCUCGAAAAAAGAAAGAAAAUCUGGAUUUAGCUGUAGAGGAUUUCGUGGCUGAAUACAGCGUAUGCAAAUGCCAGCCUUGUCUGCAUGGUGGGACAGUGAUGCUGAUAGAAGGGAAGUGUGAAUGUGCCUGCACUCCAUUGUACAAGGGGGAUGCCUGUGAAAUACCCAAGUCACCUUUCAUACCAGCUCAAAUCGCCAUUGAUGGGAGCUGGAACUGCUGGUCUAACUGGUCCACAUGUGAGAAUAAAGAACGUCGGCGAACAAGACAGUGUAAUAAUCCUGCACCUGGAUCUGGGGGAAAACCAUGUCCUGGAACGAGUGUAGAACAAGGCCAUUGUUAAUUACAGAAGACUACUAACAGCAACCUGAACAUCCCUUUCAGAUCUACGGAUCAAGAUUCUUGUGACCAGAUUGAAUUAAAAGCUACUGAUCCAUUGGUCUCUGGAUUUCAGAACACCACUUUCUAUUACACAAUAAAUUUGAUGGCUUGCAGAAUGCA